AUGAAUGGUACAGAGAGUGCUACCGGAAGCACUGUGAAUCUGGCAAGGGGCAGUAAUGGGGGACAGGUCAACUCCCGCCUGUUGCUUAUAUUAGUUGCGGCAUUCGGAGUUGUGGCAAUCAUAGGCUUCAUCAUGGCAGCUGUUGCGUUGGGCAGACCCACUGGAACCUCCGUGACAGUUCAGGCUGCUGGAGGUGGUGCCAGUCGCGACGAUGGGUCAGCGGCGAAGGUCUCACAAAAUGGCAAAAGGAUCUGGAGUAUUGCAAAUGGUCAUAACUAUGGAGCAUACGAGUAUAUAGACAGUGAAGGGUAUCUAAAAGGCUUUUCCUAUGACCUUCUUCAAGCAGUAUGUAAGGCAGUUGAUAUGGAUUGUAGGACAAUAUGGGACAAAUAUACCAAUUGUUGGGAUUCAGAACCGGGAGAGCACUCCAUGGGAGGACAAGGUCUUCUUGACGGAUGGUACGAUGCGUGUAUGAACUGGUCUCCAACGGUUGGAAGAACCCACGUUUUCUCUUUCUCACAGUCGUAUCGCAAGCUCAUCCCGGCUCAAUUUUACGUAAAAUUUGACGAUACCAUGUUCGAUCCGACAAACAUUACGGGGAAGAAAAUAGGAUUUUUGGAUAGCUAUUCUUCUGAUGAAAAAUGUGUAGCCAGACAAAACGACAAAAUCAUAGGGGCGUACAUACAGCCUGAUAAUGUUGUCCACGUGAAUGGCCCUGGAGAACUAAUCGAUAAGAUCGUCAGAGGCGAGGUAACCGCAGGUUUCUCAGGUGAGGAGAAUAUGAAACAAGCCAUUACUGAAAAGAAGGUGAAAAAAUCAGGCGGUGAUAUUUUGUGUAAGCUCGGUGGAAAUGCAGUAAUGGCCAGAAAAGACAGUCCUUUCCUAGCUCUUUGGGAUGAAGGAUUUAGAAAGAUCAAGGCUAAUGGAAUAUUUCAGAAACUCUGUGAUUCAGCUGCACACAGUGACGAAGGUACGAUUGACUGUGUGACCAGCUAAAAGUAGGAUCCAAACUGAUUGACGAUUUAUAUGAAAAUAUCACGAUAAAAUAGGAUUAUACAACACUAUUAACAUUUUGGCGGAUGGAGUGUAUGAACUUUUUGGACACCCUACAUAUACUGUUUAUCUUAAAAAACAAAAUAAAUGCACUUAAUUGCAAAUUCUGUUGAAACUAAUUUGGAAACAUAGCUAAUAAACUUAAAUGAAAUAUUCAAAAAAUUCUCCAUAGUAUUCUUAAUUCAAAGUAUUAGAAACAUAUAAAUUGCUUCUACUACUUUUUGGUCCUUGCUAAUGGUAGAUGGGCACGAUAAUAGAUAUUUUCAAAUCUAGACAAAUUCUGUUAAUCUACCAAAGCCUAUGACAUGUGUAUUAAUAUCAAUGACAUUUAAUAUGCGCUAUUUUUAUGUCAACACAACAUGUUUGCAACCACCUCUCAAAGGGGGAUUGAUAUUUCAUACUCAGAAAAAAGAAUACGUUGUAUUAAGUCCUCCAAUUACUGCAUAAGGUAGCCUGAUACUAUCAUUAGUUAUAGCAAGUUGUAAAAAUAAAUAAAAGUUAAUAUUCUGUGAGUACUAAGAAAUUCA